GUAUCAAUGACCUUAGUGAAAGCCGAACAGUAUUAAAAACCCCACCGUCUACGCCUACUUAAAGUAUAGUUACUAGGUUAACUAAGCCGUCUCGACGCCAGUAUAACUCAGUGGUUUGGGGAAAGUGGCCUACACAAUUAACACUAAGCACAAGAGACGAGCUGUGUUUAUUUGAAUUGGAAACCAACACUUAAAGCUCCUUAAUAUGGCUGGACAGUAUGGUAAAUUGGUAAAUAAACAAUUCAAUUCGCCGAUUAAUCUUUAUUCUGAAAAUAAUAUACGAGAGGUUCUGGACCGAGAGGCACAAAUGUUAUCGAAUGGAGCAGUUGGAAUAAACUUCCACAACCCCGGGGUUAAUAAACCAGCAAGUCUUCAGAAUUCUGCAGUUUUGAGAUUUCUCGAGGAAGAGGAAUCAAGAAAUAGGGGUGGCUCGCCAAAUUUGAAACGAGUGGCUUGGCCUCCACCACCCGAUCGUGACGGACAUUUUGAAGAAGUAUCUGCUCAGGAUUUGGGUAGGCCACAAAUAACCUCGCCUGGCUUACAGAACAAUCAGGUCCAAACUGCUAAUUAUCAUCCACCGAGUCCUAAUCAACAAGGAACUCAAUUUAAUUAUCAACAACGUCCCGAGCUUGCUAACCAAUACCGACCUGUUUCAUUUAAUAAACCAAUACACGUUGCUCCCCUAUCACCAUCCCACGCUCCCUCCUCGCCCAAAUUACAUUUAAGUCCCUCUCAUUACAGUCCCGUGCAACCCACAAAAACGUGGGCACCUGUUCAAUCGCCCGUGAGUUCAAAACCCCAACCAAUUUUCCGUUCGGCGUCUCCUCAAUACGAAACUCAAGCAUAUUAUCAACCACCUGCACAAGAAUACCAUUCUUAUCCUGAUCAUUCCCUGCAAUCUCCUCAAUACCAAUAUUCUCCUAAUCGUCAGUUUGAAGCGACAACUGUUCAACCUCAGCAGCAGCAUCACUACCAACAACCCGCUACGUUACCAAGAUAUCACCAAACAAUUCCAAAGGUAGAACCGCCACCAUCCACCAUCACGCUAAGACCGCAAGCACCAGUUAGCCAAAUUCCUGCACCAGUUUAUACGUCUCAACCAGCCACGGCAACUUUACAAGGAGGAAAAAAUCUGCGUGGUGACCUCAAGUGGCCACCACCAGAAACGAAAGCUCAAAUGGAAGAAGAAAACAGAAAACGCAUAGAAUUAGCAAGAGGUCCGGUAUGUCGACCAAGGAAAGUGGCAAGAGAUUAUAGGGAUUUCUUUGCACAACACGCUCUCAACAGCACAUAUCCAAGAUAUAAAAUACCACCUGGAACGCAAUUUUACGUUCGCGAAUAAUUUCUACUGCAUAUGCACACACUGCAGAUGUUAAUUUAGGUGCCAUAUAUGUUUUUCACAACUGAAAAUAUGCACAAACCCGACUAAUAAAUGGCAAAUAAAUUAACAUACAUUUUGUGUAGAACGAAGUGCCGUUUUGUGAUAACGCUAUUACGUUAAUUUAAGAAAUCUUUUGCAAUCUUAAUUACUAACUAAUAUACAUAUAAGACGUGUAUGGUGUACAAAUUGUGAAUGUCAUUUUAUUCAUCCUUGUUUUAAAAUGUGCUUGUAGUGGCUUCCUAAUCACAAACUCGAUGUGCUUUAUGAUUUGUUGGCCGCUCAUAACGAGGCGAAUAUUUUUCAUUGAAAAACAGAAUAAAAAUGCACCUAGUAAAUACUUAUGUUAAAGGUUUUCUAUAAAUAAAUGGUCAUUGAUUAAAAAAUU